AUUUGGCAUCCCGUGCUUUGCGUCGUUCCGAGAGGCGUGCUUCUCGGGGCGAUGCCGGCUCUUCUGGCUCUGGAGGUCCCUCUCAUUGAGAUGGAGCUGGGUUUCUGACUGCAAGUUGGGCAUUUGGUAAAUCUGUAAACACAUGUGCUGAUCGUAUUCUGAAAAUGGAUGGGAGUCGGAUGCAGUAUGAGCUGGAAAAAAUGUAGAAUACUGGAGAAGUAUGGCAAUGAUCCUGAGAAAAUGAAGCCUUUCUCCAAGUAUUUCUACCGUGAAGAAAUAUUUAAUGAUUCAACCCCUGGAUGUUCCAAACCAAUAUAUCGGCAACAGCAUCUGCAUGUCGAUAAUCACCGGACAACUGAUGACAAUAUGAACCAUGAGUCUGCUAAGAAAGGUGUAUAUCAUCAACAGAGAAAGGAUGAUUCUAACGUCAACCUGAGAAGCCCUGGUGUGGAGAAUAAACAAUCCUCUGUACAACCUGGUAUUAGUAUAUUUGGAUAUGGAGAUCCUCUUGACGUUUUGUUUGGGUAUUCAUCUACAAAUGAGGAGCCUCAUCAUCUGCCUGAUGAAUCUGGAAACUCAGCCAAAGUGCAGAGUCGCAGUCAAAAAAGGGCCCACCGUAGGCAUAGAUUGAGGCAUCGUAAUCAGGAGACGUUGGCACUUGGGGGAUAGUUGAUCAUUCGCCAUCAAGAUUGGAUGUUGAGUACUGAUCGUCAGUUAAGCAGAAAAGGUAAGGAAGAAAUGUCCUAUAUGGAGAAAAACAAGUUUGUAUAUUGUCAUUGCAUUUAUGUUUCUUGGGUAUCCCCUUCUUCUCCAGCUGUUUAUAUCAAAGAGCAAACAGUUUUCUUUAUUAACGUAAACCAACAAAGUAACACGACCAAAAAAAACGAUGAUGCUCUGUCUGGGAGCACUGUAAUUUAUGUUAAAUCGAUUUGCUCAUAUCUUUGGAA